GUUAUUCACGAAAAAUUUGUAGGUUAUGUUUCUGUUUAUUUCCACGUCCACCUGAAGACUAGUUGUCUUCCACAAAAAUAAACCAUAAUAAUGUAAAGGAAGUUGACAGUUAUUACUAAACAUAUACGUAUUAUAACAGUAUUAUAAAAUGGUGUUGAGAAGGGUACGAGGUUACCAAGAUAUCGACGAACAGUCACCAAGCGAUGGAAGUAGAACAGAACUUCCCGAUCCAGAUCUCGGAGUUACACCGGAAAUCGAAAUGGCUUCUGUUUCAGUUGUGCCUGAUGACACGUUUACGGUUACACAAGCUGUUAACGCAUUAGGCUUUGGUUGGUUUCAAGUUAAGCUAUCGCUAUGGACUGGAUUGUGCUGGAUGGCCGACAGUAUGGAGAUGACUAUUUUGUCAAUAUUAUCUCCUGCUUUACAAUGCCAUUGGCACAUUACUCGAUACCAGCAAGCAUUGACGACCACAGUGGUUUUUCUGGGGAUGAUGUUAUCGUCAACGUUUUGGGGGAAUCUAAGUGACAGAUAUGGUCGGAAGCAUGCGUUAACACUGUGUGCAAUCUUGCUGUUCUAUUACGGUUUACUAAGCGCAAUUGCACCAAGUUUUAUGUGGAUUUUACUGCUUCGGGGAUUGGUGGGGUUUGCUAUUGGUUGUACACCACAGUCUGUAACUCUUUAUGCAGAAUUUUUACCCACCAAGCAAAGAGCAAAGUGUGUUGUUUUGCUUGAUUGUUUUUGGGCACUGGGGGCAUGCUCCGAAGUUGCACUGGCUUUGGUGGUGAUGCCAACUUUAGGAUGGAGGUGGUUACUUGCGCUGUCCACAGCACCAUUACUUGUAUUUGCUUUAGUUUGCCCAUGGUUGCCAGAAUCUGCAAGAUAUCAUGUUGCAAGUGGGCAAACCGAAAAAGCUCUAGUCACAUUGGAAAAGAUUGCAAAAGAUAAUAAAAAACCAAUGCUCCUAGGGCGUCUAGUAGUAGACGAUGCACAUGGACAUUCCCCUCACCGUGGACGGUUUCGAGAUUUGCUUGUGCCAUCAUUAAGAACAACAUCCUUAUUGCUGUGGUUUAUUUGGAUGGCAUGCGCAUUUUGUUACUAUGGUCUAGUAUUGAUGACAACUGAGCUAUUUCAGACUUCAGGCAAUUGCCAACGGGACACAGUAAGGAAUGAGAGCUUCGAAACUUGUGCAGCAGAAUGCAAGCAGUUACAAACAACCGAUUAUAUGGAUUUACUUUGGACAACUUUAGCUGAAUUUCCCGGGAUUUUUGCUACUAUUUUCAUAAUAGAAAAAUUUGGUCGUAAAAAAACAAUGGCGGUACAAUUUGUUGUUUACGCAAUUUGUUCCUCUUUUCUAAUUAUCUGCACCGAAAAACGUGCAUAUCUAACUGUAAUGCUAUUUCUGGCACGAGGUAUUAUAGCGGGUGUAUUUCAAGCUGCGUACGUCUAUACCCCUGAAGUUUAUCCAACAUCUUUACGUGCAGUGGGCGUUGGAUCUUGUAGUGCAAUGGCACGAUUAGGGGCCAUGAUUACUCCUUAUGUUGCACAGGUGCUGCUAAAAACUUCGAUUCCAUUUGCUACAACUGUUUACGCAGUCUCGGCAAUUUUAGCUGCUGUAGCCUGUAUCAUUUUACCCAUUGAGACUAAAGGAAAAGAAUUGACUGAUAGUGUUCAAGAACAAAUCAAUACUAAAAGUGAUACCAAUUAAGAGGUAAUAAUUCUGUACUUCCCCGGUGCUCGAAAGUAUUCUUUAUGAUAUACUGCAAUGUUAAACCAAAGCAUUUUAAUUAUAUUAGGAGGAAAUUUGAUCUGAUAAUUUUUUGUUAACUUUAUAUUUAUUUAUUAUUUAUACAUUUUUAAAUGUUUUAUAACUGUUAACCAUUUGGUGAGGGUGGUAUUUUUAUAUUAGAGUAUUAAAGUAUUUAUAUACAU